AUGGCGGCCAACGACUUCUACAACAACAAGCCCUUGCCGACUCCCUCGCCGCAACCCUACUACUCCUACAGCGGGCAGUCAUCAACGUCCUACGAUCCCUCCAUCCCUCCUCCCUAUAGCGCCCAACCGCACCAGGGCGCCGCCAGCGGUCAGCGCCCCCCUAACAGCGUCUCGCCGCUAUCCGCACCAUCACCUUCGCCGUUCGACUCGCCGUUCGACGACCACGUAUACCCGGCGAACUCACAUCAAACACCGUCUUCAAGCCGCCAUCAAUUAAGUCAGCAGGAUACCGGUUACUACGGUCUAUCCAGGGUUCCUUCGGACGAGAUGGCUUACAAUCACCCCGCAGAUGACAUCCCCCUCCAAAACCGUCCCAAGGACGUGGAAAUCAACGACCAUGUGUACGAGGCGCCCCGACGACGGAAAUCCAAAAAGGGCGCCGUGAGGUUUGGCGAGCUGGGCAUGUUCGGCGCCAACGGGAAGAGGAUACCAUGGGUUGUCUAUAUCUUCACAGUUGCCCAGGUCGCCGUGUUCAUCGGCGAGAUCGUCAAGAACGCUACGACUACCGGUUCACCCAUCAUGAUUAAACCGCAGUUUAACCCCAUGAUCGGUCCCUCGACCUACGUUCUCAUCAAUAUGGGUGCCAGGUUCGUGCCGUGUAUGCGUAGUGUCAAGGGCAUCACCCCAGACGUUACCUGGCCGUGCCCGAACACGACGACCUCGGAUCUCAGUGAUCAGUCACAUAGGUGCAACCUGUCCCAGCUCUGUGGGUUCGGUGGUGUUCCAGAGUUCGGCCAGGGCAGCGACGUCCCGGAGCCGAACCAGUGGUUCCGCUUCAUCCUCCCCAUGUUUCUGCAUGCCGGAUUGAUCCACAUUGGCUUCAAUCUGCUGCUGCAGCUUACCCUCGGGAGAGAAAUGGAGAAGGCCAUUGGUUCUAUUCGCUUCUUCCUGGUAUACGUUAGCGCCGGUAUCUUCGGAUUUGUCCUUGGCGGGAACUUUGCAGCCCCCUUCAUCUCAUCUACGGGGGCAUCCGGUUCGCUAUUCGGCGUCAUUGCCCUGACUCUGCUCGACCUGCUCUACUCGUGGAAGGACCGCCGGAGCCCGAUGAAGGAUCUCAUGUUCAUUGGGCUGGACGUUGUGAUAUCUUUCGUCCUUGGUCUCCUCCCCGGCCUGGAUAACUACUCCCAUAUUGGUGGUUUCUUGAUGGGCCUCGCUCUCGGCAUUUGCCUCCUACAUUCGCCGAACUCGCUCAGACGCAGGAUUGGGGAUGACCCGUCCUAUGCCUCGGUCGGUGUAACUCCCUCGGACGUACCGCCGACCUUCGUGAAGAACCCCGUCGGCUUCUUCAAGGGCCGAAAGCCUCUGUGGUGGGCAUGGUGGCUCAUUCGAGCCGGUGCCCUGGUGCUGGCCCUGAUUGUCUUUAUCCUCCUCUUGAACAACUUCUACGUCUACCGCAAGACCUGCAGUUGGUGCAAGUAUCUCAGUUGCCUGCCCAUUAAUAAUUGGUGCGAUAUCGGUAACCUCGAUCUGAAAAACACAACUACGGAGAAGUCUACUCGUAACCUGCUCCGUGGCCUGGCGAAACUAUAUUACGACUGA